AUGAGGGUGUGAAUUUAGUCGUCGUCCCAUUUGUUUCCUCCAUAAACUUCAUUCCUUGGCUUCUGUUCCCAAAUAGUAGGGGUUCUUGUCGAAGAAGACAAUGAGUGCGACUUCUAAAUCCGUGCUUCCCUUUGGCAAGCACAUUGCAAUUGGAGGCGACAAACCCUUUCUGCCCCCCGAAAUCAUCAUCAACAUUCUCAAAAGGCUUCAUGUUAAAUCCCUCGUUCGAUUUCGAUUUUGAGCAUCGUUUGUUCCUGCAAUGGCUUGCUAUGUGCAAAACUCCAUGAUGAUAGCGGAUCUGCUCGUUCGCUCUUGCUCUGGAACCCUGCGAUUGGAGAUGUCAGGGGCAGUGGAUGAACAUGAUCUUCAUAUGAUAGUUUCAUUUGACAUAGCAAGGGAACUAUUUUCAUUCAUACCAAUACCUUCUUCAAUAACCCCUCAUUCAGAUUCAGAUGUAAAGCUUCUUGUGUAUGAGAACAAACUUGCUAUGUUUUGUUGUCCUUACAAGAUUGGAAGCGUUGAUUCUCCUUUCCUUGAUUUAUGGGUGAUGGAGGAAGGUAAUUGGACUGAGAAACUUAGUAUUGGUCCAACAUCAGAUUGGUUAUAUCCCUUGUGUAUUUGGAGGAAUGAUAUCGUCUGCACUAAUAUGACAUACAGUAAUGAUUAUCCAGUUCAAGGGUGGUUAUGUGAAAGUGAGGAUGAAGAAUGGUAUGGGACAGACUUUUUUCUAUCCCUGUUCAAUCUCACUACUAAUGAAUGGAAGUCCCACAAGUUCAUUGAUCGAGUUAAUUAUUAUGAGGACAUUUUUAAUUAUGCAGAGAGCCUAGUCUGUUUGCAGCAUCCACAAUGAAUAGCAAUUCCAUGAAACGAAUGUACCACAGAUUUAACGUUUGAUUGUGUGAUCUGUAAUCCUUCAUGAUGCCCCUUUUUGAUCCACUAUGUUAUCAGAUGUUAAUCUGUUUUCAUAUAUGAAUACAAUGCUGUGUAGUUGCUGCUGCUAUAUAAACAAUUUGGGUUUUGUUGUCUAUAUAUCAAAAGUGCAUGACACACGGCAGAAUUAUAUUGUGUAAUUAAACCAUGAUGGGACAAAAGAAGCCACUUUAACAAAGUUUUUCUCCUUUUUUGCCCUGUGAUUUUAUAAUGAUGGUAGCUAGAUCUCCAUCUCCUUGUUCACAUUUCUGUGAAACCAAAUAAUUAAGCCCUUAGAUUUGGGUUUAGUCGUGCGGUUUAAUUAUUAUAAGGUAGUAAAAAUUUAUAUUAAUUCUUGAGUAUUAUGAUAAGAUUGUGAUCUGGCUAGUCAAUCUGAACAAAAUCUG